AUGGAUCGCCGUCUGUCCCUAGUAAAUCGUAUGUGGAGAAAAAGUGGAUCCCGAAUUCAAGAAAAUGUCAUACAAUUCUUACGUUUUUCGAGAUUGACCGCAGCCUCAGUGACUCAUUCGUGUCAGACCAGAGACUGCUCAGUACAAACACAAUCAAAAGAAUCUGUGGUCAUUCCAAAGAAAGUCAAAAGGGAUGAUUUAUCUGUAUUGAGAGCACUUAGUCAAACUGUGACCAAGGAUCCCACUGCCUUGCCGUAUGUGUUUAUGGAUGACCCAUACCUUCUCCCUAAAUCAGCUGCUGAAAGGCGGAGAUACCAACUGUCCAAAGUCUCUGGAAAGAAAGCUGCUCAGUAUGUCAUCAACAGCAAGCCAGAAGUAUUCUUAGGAUUAACAAAAGAUGAACCAAAGAUUGAGGCAUUUUAUCCACCUGUUGACGCAUCAGACGUCCAAGAAGCGAGUGAAGAAGCCAUCUUAGAAAGGAUAGGUGUGAGUGAUAUGCAGGGAGCUCUAGAGGCCCACAGACAACUAGUAGAAUCAGGUCACCAUGUAUCUCUGGAGGUGAAUAAUACACUGCUAGACUUUCUUUGCUUCCAUGGAGGUCGUCCACAAGCAGAACAUUCUGUCCUCAAGAAAAUGCUUACUCCAAAGGCUGCAAAAGAGGAAGGAGAAGCUGAAGACGAAGCAGCAGCAGCUGAGACUGGUGAGGAGAGUGGUGAAGCUGUCGUCCCAAAUGAAAAGGAAGAAAGCCGCAACCAAAAGAGAUGGAGGAUGAGAUACCAGGGAAUACUAUGGCAAGAUGGGAAUGCUGCAGAUAAGCUGUUUGAUAGUAUGGAGGACAAAGAUUCAAGAAGCUACAACAGCAUGAUUAGAGGACUAGUUAAGCAUGGCGCACAAUCACGUGCAUACACCGUCUACAAUGAGAUGCAGGAACGAGGGAUCCAAGCCGACGUCCAUGCCUACAAUUCAUUGAUAGAGGGCAGUAUUACCAUCAGAGAUGAUUAUAAGGAGAGGUGGUCUGUUAUGGCACAAAUAAUGAAGCAGAUGGAUAUAGAGAAGGUGCGGCCCAAUCUCGAGACAUUUAACGCUCUCCUAGACAAUCUACGGAUCAUGGGUGCUCUGGGACGCAAGAUGGGGCUCAAGACUCUCGCAGAGAUGAAGGCGUGUGGUGUCGAGCCCAGUCUUGGAACAUACAAUCUGCUUGUCAUGAUCUUCUACAAAGACAGUCUUCCACCAAGUGACAUCUUGUAUGACAUCAUGGACACCAUCGAAGGACAAGAAUUCUCCAUCAGACAUCCUAAAGAUGUGGAAUUCUUCAAAAAUGCUAUGUCAGUGUGUUUAUCAUUGAGGGAUGUAGAGCUGGCCUACUCAGUAGAUCUUCUGCUCAACACACGAGAGAAUCACAAGCUUGCAGGAGAUUACAUGGGACAAAACAUCUACUACGGGAAAUUCUUUCAUUUGAUCUGUCUAAUGGACAAUGCUGAAUCCAUGUUCCAAUACUACAACAAGUUUGUACCAUCAGCCCUAAUCCCCAGUACCAUUGUAUACAUGGACAUGUUGAGAUCAUUAGAGACUGCUUGUGCUUAUGAUAACAUUCCUCAACUAUGGGACGAUAUCUGUAUGUAUGGUCACCGGUAUCGGCAGGAUGUCCUGGAGCUAAUGGUGCAAGUUAUGGCUACCUCAUCCGAUGCAACCCCAGAGAAUAAAUCACAAUUUUGCUCUGUUGCACUGGACAUCAUUUCUGCAGCCAAAGAAUCAACCUCACGAGUAGAUCAUAUCAAGUUUGGUUCUUUGACGCUUGAAUUCCUUAUGAGUAUUUGUCUUCAGGCUAAGGAACUAGAAGCAUCAUGGAGAGCACUGCAAUAUAUCAAGAAGGACAAUAAAGUACCAAGCAUUGCUUUACUAGAAGACUUCAUACAGCUGUGUGUGGAGGAGGAGGAUACAACAAAGGCUUUAUCUUGCUUGGGGUUGGCGGUAGGAAGUGGAUUACCGGGAUCAGUCGGAUUAGCAGACAGCAUCAAGACGAAUCUCAGGCUUAACAAUCAACAAAGGAAACUGCUGGAGGAUAUUAUGAUGGAGGAGGAUAUGCUAUCAAGCCCAGGCUCUGCUAUCUGAUCCAGCCAUGGAAUCAAAACCAGAGGAGUAUUUCAACAAAGACUAAGAAUAGAUCAACUCGAAUUUGGACUUACAGGCAUCGUUUAACAAUGUUAAAUCUGAGACGCAUGGCCCUACGUGUUAUCAGUGUUUGUGAUGUGGUGUAAUAUUGAAGC